CUUUCCCUUAUUCCGACUACCGAGAUUAUAUAUUCUCAGGGAGGACAAAUUAUUUGAGUCGUUCUUUGUCCUUUCGGCGUGCCAAACGUGCAUUUUUAGUUUAUUUCAAAGAUGAAUUACUUACUCCAUGUGUUGGUACUUCUGGGUCUGAUCGGCGUCUCCAAAGCCCAUCAUUUUAUCAAAUUGGUGAUUUUGGCUGGUUUGGGAUUAGCGGGGCUGUGGAUGGUGCAUACCCUAGCACAGGAUUAUGGCAAUUUGACUCAUGGUGGCGGCGGAGGCGGCGGCGGUGGGGGCAAAGUGUUCGAGAAGCGCUCCAUUGAUAGUCACCGUGGGAUAAAUUGGGAGUUUGUGUUGUCUAGAGACCCUGCAAGGUGUGCGAGGAGUUUCAUUUGUCAGCUCGCGGCGCAAGAUGAGGACCAACUCGAUGAAGUCGGACAAAAUAUCCUUCGAUUAACUCGAUUAUCGGCUCAGCAAGAUUCAUGGGCGAGUAAACAACUACUCGAAGCUUUGAAACAUGGAAAAAACGCCUUGAAUCCCAGCCAAUGUAUGAAAAUUUACAAAUUCUGCCCCUACUCUAGUCAAACGAUGACGACUCUAUUAAAACUCUUCGGUGGUUAAAAUCCGUUAAUGUUUUUUAGUCAUAGGUAGCACUUUUCAAUUGUUGUUAAUUUGUUAUUUACUACUAAGGGACCGUAGGAUAGUCAAAUAAAACAUAACAUUUCAUUAGCAUAUGUAUAUCCAGUCAUACAUAAAUAGUCAAAUAAAUAAUUCGAACACCGCAA